GGGUCUGGCUACGCGAGACUACACAACGUUUCUGUGGAGGAAUGAUGUCGCAACUACGAGACACAGAAAGGAAACAUAGAGUAGCUGUUAUUGGAGGUGGUCUAGUAGGUUCACUAAAUGCAAUUUUCUUUGCAAGGAAUGGUUACAGUGUUGCUGUGUACGAAAGUCGUUCAGAUAUGCGUCAAGAGGAGCAAAUUGCAGGGAGAAGCAUUAACUUAGCGUUGUCAGAACGUGGAAGAAAGGCAUUGAGAACAGUCGGAUUAGAAGAUGAGGUGGUAAAUAAAUUUGGCAUUCCAAUGCAUGGAAGGAUGCUUCAUUCACAUAGUGGACAAACUACAAUUGUACCUUAUGGAAAGCCCAAUGAGUUUCUGUUGUCUGUUGAUCGUCGAAAACUAAAUGAAUUAUUGCUUUCCAAAGCGGAGCAGGAAGAUGAUAUAGUGUUGGAGUUCAAACAUAAACUAUUAAAAGUGGAUCUUACUGAUUGCCAAAUGGUAUUUUCCAGUCCUGAUGGUGAAAUUCAUGAUAUGGCUGAUCUUGUUGUGGGGUGUGAUGGUGCAUACUCUACAGUGCGGAAGUCAUUUAUGCGUAGUAUUAGGUUUAAUUUUAGUCAAACUUAUAUUUUACAUGGUUACAAGGAGCUGUUGAUGCCUGCUGGUGACGAUGGGAAUUAUGCAAUGGAGAAGAACUAUCUUCACAUCUGGCCAAGACAAACAUUCAUGAUGAUUGCUCUGCCUAAUCUGGAUUCCACGUUCACGUGCACAAUGUUCAUGCCGUACGAUAUCUUUGGAACUAUCAAAACGCAGGACGAUGUAUUGGCAUUUUUUGAGCGUGAAUUUCCUGAUGCUAUUUCAUUGUUUGGAAGGGAUCGAUUACUUGAAACCUACAUGGUCAACCCAGUUGGGCCUUUGAUUUCAAUCAAAUGUUCUCCUUAUCAUGUGGAGGGGAGAGCAGUCAUUAUGGGGGAUGCUGCUCAUGCCAUGGUGCCUUUCUAUGGACAAGGCAUGAAUGCUGGUUUUGAGGAUUGCACUAUAUUGCAUGAACUGAUUCAUAAGCAUGGUGGGAACUUGGAUGCAGCACUUGCUGAGUACACAGAAACAAGAAACAAGGACACUGCCGCUAUCUGUGAUCUUGCUAUGUAUAACUACGUUGAGAUGAGGUCUCUUGUUGCAUCUCGAUGGUUUCGUAUUAAGAAGAAGAUAGACAAUUUUCUGAAUUGGCUAAUGCCGCAAACAUUUACUCCACUUUAUACCAUGGUGACAUUCACAAGUAUUCCGUAUGAAAUGGCAUAUCGAAGAUGGCAAUGGCAGGACAAGAUGAUUUAUCGAGGGUUGUGGUGUGCUGCUGUGACUGCACUUGUUGUGCCUAUUGCUGUGAUAGCUUAUAAUUGGACUGAAGAUCACCCAUGGAAAGCGCGGGCACUGAAAUACUUUGUGACAAAGUCAUUGCAUCGAUGAUGGCUUAAUUAAUUAAUCAGUUAGAAAAUAUUUCUGCAAGAAACAUGAUUGGCAGAAAUCGAAUCAAUAAUUGUUUAUUAAUCACAUGUGAUUGUAACUAUUACUUCUCCAAUUUAUGUCGAACUUGGGUAUGAAGUUGG